GGGGCUUCCGCCGCCACCGCCGCGGAGAUUCCCAAGAUGGCGGCGCUGGCUGAGAGGGGGUAUGCGCUGUCCUGCGGGCGCCUCGGCCGCGGCACACGAGUCUCUGUCUUCCACGUCAAGUUGACUGAAUCGGCCCUGCGAGCCUUCGAGGCCUACCAGGGACGCAAGGAUUCUGUGGGUUUGAAGCCAUCAAUCCAGUUUCAAGGAAGUCAAGGGCACAUCUCAAUACCGAGACCAGACUGCCCAACAGGAGUUCGGACAUUUUCCUUUUAUCUCUCUAAUAUUGGCAAGGACAGCCCUCAGGGGAGUUUUGAUUGCAUCCAGCAGUAUGUGUCCAGCAAUGGUAACAUUCAGCUGGAUUGCCUUGGCAGCAUCCAGGACAAAAUCACUGUCUGUGCCACCGAUGAAUCCUACCAGAAGGCAAAGCAGAGCAUGGCCCUGGCAGAAGAGGAGACACGGAGCCGGGGAGCCAUUGUCAUCAAGCCCGGAGGGCGCUACGUUGGAAAGACAGUUAAGAUGCGUAAGCCUGCACCAGGGGUUUCCGACGCUGUUCCCUCACGGAUACGCCCAACGCCUGUCAACCUCGCCAGCGCCAUCAAGAAGGGCAAUAGUGCUGUCUCCCAGAGGCCUUUCAAAGAUAGGGUGAUGCACUUGCUGGCCCUCAAGCCUUAUAAGAAACCAGAGCUUCUCCUUAGGUUGCAAAAAGAUGGCCUUUCUCUGCAAGAUAAGGAUUCCUUGGACAGCCUCUUGCAGCAGGUUGCAAAUGUGAAUGCCAAAGACAGCACGUGCACCCUGAAGGAUUAUCUUUACAAAGAAGUGCAGAAGGACUGGCCUGGCUACUCAGAAGGAGACCAACAGCUGCUGAAAAGGAUCCUUUUCCGGAAACUCUGCCAGCCACAGAAUCCCAGCUGCGUCCCUGAGAAUUCUGCUCCCAGUCCUCCAAGAGAUACUGCAAACGUUUCCUCCUCCCCUCCCCAGAAGCGACCCCAGCCCCUGGACUUUAUUGACCCGCUGUCCCACAAAAAGCCAAGGAUCUCUCACUGUGCCCAAAGGACUCAAUCCACUUUCAACGGCAAACUCAACUCUGCCAACGGGAAGGAGGCCUCUUUGCCCGCCAUGGUGGCGUCCGAUUCGGUGAGCUCUAGCUCUCUUUUGCCUGCUCUGGAGCUGCCUAGGCCUCACGACCCGCUUGCUGAUGUCAGCAACGAUCUGAACCACAACGGCAAAGACUUUGAGAUGGCGGAGCCGCCUGAGAGGCGGACAGCGAGCCGGUCGACUGCAGACCCUGCCCAGACGAGCAAACACAACUGCGGGGUGCACUCAAAAUCCAGGAAGAAGAAGCAUAAGGAGCGGGAAAGGAAGGAGGAGCAGCAACCGGUCCGCGAGAAGCCAAACUGUGAACUAAAGAAGGGCGGCCCGAAAAUGAGCCCCUCGCAAGACUCUGCAGGUUUAAACAGGACAUGCAACAGCUCUAGUGUUCCAACGUCUACAUCGGAAAUGCCAGACUAUUUGCUAAAAUACGGUGCCAUCUCCUCCUCGGAGCAACGCCAGAGCUAUAAGAAUGAUUUCAACGCGGAGUACGGCGAGUAUCGUGACCUGCAUGCCCGUAUUGAGCGGAUAACCCGGCGGUUCAUGCAGCUGGACUCAGAACUAAAGCAGCUUUCUCAGGGCUCGGAAGAAUACAAGAUUAUCCACGAUCAGAUCUUGCAAGAAUACCGAAAAAUUAAAAAAACUAAUCCAAAUUACAGCCAGGAGAAGAACCGCUGUGAAUAUCUCCACAACAAACUGGCCCAUAUCAAAAAACUGAUAGCUGAAUACGACCAACAGCAGUUCCAGUCUUGGCACUGAGCCUGGGGGCUGAGUGGGACACCCAGAUGGACGUCAACCUGUGAACAAGUUCCACAGCGAGGGAGAAGUCACGCUCAGCUUCCUGGGCUCAGUGACUCAAGGAUUCGAUCCCAGUGAGAAGUCCAUCACUGUACUGUACACACCCAGGAACCAAUGUGGCUUAAUCUCAGCGUUUUACACUCUGUCUCUCCCCAGAUAUUAAAAACAGUUAAAGAAAGGAAAGUUUGCUUAUUCUUAGAUGCCAGCAAAUGAACCUUCCUCCCCCACAAUUGACUCUUCUUAUUCUCCCCACACCCCUCCAAGGGCAGGUUCAGUUUAGAGUUGGAAGCAAAAGAUUUUCGGGGCCCUGUUGCAAAUGCUACCAGCCAGGAGAGUGCUUGGGUUCCUGGGGUGGGAGGGAAGGAGGGAAUAGCUCCAUAUACAAACCUGUCUGUCCGCUCUCCAUUAAAUUCUUGCAUAACUCA